AUGAGUUCUAUUAGCUGGGAUAGAGAUGGUUUGCUCGAUACUAAACCUGGUGAAGAAACUUUAUUAAAACAUUCAGGUUCUUUAGUAAGAUUAUUAGGUCAGAAAAAUGUAAAAAAUCUUGAUUACUCUGAAUUUACAAAACCAAAACCAAUUGGAAAAGGAGUGACAGCAAUUGUAUAUUCAACUACUUCUCGAAGAAAAUAUUAUGCUUUAAAAAGUUUAAACAAUAAUCUUGAUAUGGACAAAAGAAAACUUAAACAACUUUCUCAAGAGUUAAAUGAGCUUGAAAAAGAAUCUUCUGAUAUAUUGAUUACAAAUAACACUGGUGUAACUGAUUCUGAUCAAAAUAUGAAUAAUCAUGGUGCUUCACCAACUAAACAAGAGUGUGUAUAA